GCUCCAGGAGCCCAGCAUCCUCCCGCCUUCCUGAGCACCUCUCUCUUCUCUCUGCCGACUCACUCGCUCACUCACCUCCCUCCUCGGCACCAUGACCACCUGCAGCCGCCAGUUCUCCUCCUCCGGCUCCAUGAAGGGCUCCUGUGGCCUUGGCGGUGGCUCCAGCCGCAUGUCCUCCGUCCUGGCCGGAGGGUCCUGCCGGGCCUCCAGCGCCUUCGGGGGCAUGUCCUCCUCCCGCUUCUCCUCCGGGGGAGCCUGCGGGCUGGGAGGCAGCUAUGGCGGUGGCUUCAGCAGCGGCAGCAGCUUUGGUGGAGGCCUGGGUAGUGGCUUCGGAGGAGGAUACGGUGGUGGCCUUGGUGGUGGCUUCGGUGGUGGCCUCGGUGGUGGCUAUGGCGGUGGCUUCGGUGCUAGCUUCGGGGGUGCUGAUGGCGGCCUCCUCUCUGGCAACGAGAAGGUGACCAUGCAGAACCUCAACGACCGCCUGGCCUCCUACCUGGACAAGGUGCGCGCCCUGGAGGAGGCCAACGCCGACCUGGAGGUCAAGAUCCGGGACUGGUACCAGAGGCAGCGGCCCAGUGAGGUCAAGGACUACAGCCACUACUUCAAGACCAUCGAGGACCUCAGGAACAAGAUCAUCACAGCCACCAUUGAGAAUGCUCAGCCCAUUCUGCAGAUUGACAAUGCCAGGCUGGCAGCUGACGACUUCAGGACCAAGUAUGAGCAUGAGCUGGCCCUGCGCCAGAGCGUGGAGGCCGACAUCAACGGCCUGCGCCGGGUGCUGGAUGAGCUGACCCUGGCCAGAGCCGACCUGGAGAUGCAGAUCGAGAGCCUGAAGGAGGAGCUGGCCUACCUGAGGAAGAACCACGAGGAGGAGAUGCUUGCCCUGCGGGGUCAGACUGGCGGGGACGUCAACGUGGAGAUGGACGCCGCCCCCGGCGUGGACCUGAGCCGCAUCCUGAACGAGAUGCGAGACCAGUACGAGCAGAUGGCAGAGAAGAACCGCCGAGACGCCGAGGCCUGGUUCCUGAGCAAGACCGACGAGCUGAACAGAGAAGUGGCCUCCAACAGCGAGCUGGUGCAGACUAACCGCAGCGAGGUGACCGAGCUCCGGAGGGUGCUCCAGGGCCUGGAGAUUGAGCUGCAGUCCCAGCUCAGCAUGAAAGCAUCCCUGGAGGGCAGCCUGGAGGAGACCAAAGGCCGCUACUGCAUGCAGCUGUCCCAGAUCCAGGGGAUGAUUGGCAGCGUGGAGGAGCAGCUGGCCCAGCUGCGCUGUGAGAUGGAGCAGCAGAGCCACGAGUACCAGAUCCUGUUGGACGUGAAGACCCGGCUGGAGCAGGAGAUCGCCACCUACCGCCGCCUGCUGGAGGGAGAGGACGCCCAUCUCUCCUCCUCUCAGCACACGUCAUCAUCCAGCCAAUCCUAUUCUUCCCGAGAUGCCAUGUCCUCAUCCUCUGGCCGCCAGACUCGACCCCUCCUCAUAGAGCAGAGCUCCUCAAGCUUCAGCCAGGGCCAGAGCUCCAAGCACUGAGCUGCCUCUCCCAGAACUUCCUGCCCACCCACCGGCCUCACCUCUGGAAGGCCUGGGUCAGGCCCCUGUUCUCCCAGCGCAAGUCCCACCUGUCUCCCCCUCCUCUCCGCUGGUGAUGGGCAAAUAAAGCUGACUUUCUGGUUGAUGCAAA